UUCAAUUGUUUUUUUUUCUUCUCUGCUCCAGCGCAAGUUUUUUACUUUUUAAUUGGAUCAAUACGAUAAAUUUAUCUUUAAAGGAAAGAAAAAUAUAAGGAUCAGAUAGAAAAAAUGAUUCCACCGCCGAUGACUACGUACGAUUUCUAUUCUGCGUCAACCACAGCUGCUGUCGACAACUUCAUCUAUACCGGCUCACCAACCACGACUAACCCCUUGACUACGACCUCAGACUGGAGAUUGAGAUGGCACAUGGAACAUGGAGGGGGAGUGAUGGCUUUCCCUACUUUUCCGCCGUUCAACGAGCAAAACAAACAAAAUGUAGGGUUCUACAUGAUACUCACUGACUUGCCUGAGGUGUUUGUGGCAUUCAUGACAAUUCUGCUGAAUGUCUACUGCCUUGUAUCCAUAUACAUGAUUGGGGAGCUGCAGGCCAUGCAGUUCUAUCUGGUUGGUUUCCAGAGCGCCUAUGACUUUCUUUUCUCUGGUCUCUCUGGCCUGUUUUUCUAUUUCUAUCAAGCAAGAACUGACCUCGCAAACAUGUGUUUCGCUCAAGAAUAUGUGUCAUUCACCAAUUAUGGACCUGAAUAUUCGGUCAUGAGCAACCCAUACUCAACUUUUUGUGAGACUGCACUGGUGCAGAAGCUUCUACCUCUUUCCGAUUGGAGCAACGAAGAACGACUUCUGGAAAACUACUUCAAAUAUUUCAAUGAGACGAUGGAAGUGUUUCCUUUUUACUGUCAAUGCUUCCUCAUGGUCGGAAUGAGCUUUGAGCGAUGGGUGAUUGUUUGCAAACCUCAUUCAGUGAAACAAAUUCUAUCGAGAAAAAACAAGAUCAUCUACUAUUCCUUGAUAUCUUUAUGUGCAGUCAUUGUACCCUCUUGUGUUGUGGGAGACUACAUUUUGAACAUGCGAUUUGACAAUACGUACGAUACAGUCUGCGAUGAAUGCUGGUUGCAAUGGAACGUAUAUUCUAAAAGAAUAAUUGAGUUCGCAUUUUUCAUAGCAGCUGGAAUUUUGGCUGGGUUUUUCUACUUCAAAAUCAUUCAAACCCUUCGAAAUGUUCGCCAGACUACAGCCAACAGGAAACUUACGAAGGCUUUCGGAUUCCUGUACUUGUCAUGGAUUUGCUGUGUUCUGCCACAUCUCAUUUUUGAUUCUUAUCUACUUUACGAUAUGGAGUCAAACGACUCACACUGGGGAUCAGAUGUAAGGAGAUAUUUCGAAGACCUCGCGAUCUCUACGAAACAGUGGAACACAAAGUACCACUCUUUUACAGUGCUCAGUCCCGCUCUGAUGGCAUUGAAACAUGCGUACGGGUUCAUCAACUCAGUUUUAUUGAUUGUGAUGCUGCGCGCAUUCCAGGAACCCGCAAAGAUGAUCUACCGGUACCUGAAAGCACUGUUUUGCGGAAGAGUUGCUGAAGAUCAGAAUAUAGAAACUCUCGAAAAAUCUUAAUAAAAAUUAACCAAUGGAACUUGAGAUUCCUCUUGUUGCUGCGUGUUUGAGUGCAAGUUUUCUGGUUUCUCCCUUUUCCUUGAAUUAUGUUUUCCGACUAAAUUGACAUUCCGUAAUC